ACAGGGCUUGUUCAUUAGUUUAUUAUUGGUACAUUCAGGCAUAAUUCUUUGCAAAUUUUAAUAUAUCUAAACAGAUGACCUUACCAUGGUUAGGUGGACAGAAAAUGAUUUUUAAAACAUAAAGCAUAUAAAAUCCUAGUAGAUUCUAGUGGAGUCUUAGUUGUAUCCAUGCAGUAGCAUUUAUGUGUGAAUUGUGCUAAAUGUUUAUUUUGCCCAUUGCAUUGUCUAAUUCGUCUUUCCAGUUAUUACAUGAGCUGAUGUGUAGCUGAAUUUCUAACACUGUAACCUGUUGAAAUAUUAUUUACCAUUUCACUCUUUCAGUCUUUAAAAUUCCCAACAUUGUUAAAAUUAAUUAUUACAAGCAUCUACAGCUCUUAAGUUUUCCCAAACUUCUUUUGCCUGCUCUUUCUGCUCCAGACUCAGAAGUACGGCUCCACGCUAUCGGUCAGUCAUAGAGACGAGUGGGAGAGUGAACCAAGGGAAAGAAAAUGUUCCAGUUCUUGGAUAAACUCCAGCCUGUUGUCACCUCUGCAUCCCCCUCCAGUGUGAUGAGCAAGGAGAUCCAGGAGAAGAGACUGAAGGGGUGACUUUUAUUUAGGAAAAGUCGUCUGUGGAAGUGAGGGCUGCAGAGCCGCUGACAGAUGGGGUGCUUCACUGCAUUGAAGGCUCCAGAUAGAUCCUGCAGGACCACCGAGAUGCAGCUCUUGCAGUUUGCAGAAGUUGCACUGCACUGAGAAACCAGAAAGAGACAGACGUGUUGGAUUUAAAAGGUUACUUAGCAGAAAAGACCAUGGAGAACAAGACGAGUCCAACGACACACUCAUACUCAGGGCCGCCACUUGCUGCCAUCUUCUUGGUCAUCUUCAUCCUGGGGUUAUUCGGUAACGGACUGGUCAUCAUCAUCAUCUCAAAGUUUAAAUCCAAGCAGGGAGGUGCUAACAGUUACAUCAGACACCUGGCCUCGGCAGACUUGCUGUUCAUGCUGACGUUGCCACUGUGGGCAACAGAAGCUUUUCUUCAUGACCACUGGCCAUUUGGAUGGUUCCUCUGUAAGGUCAGCAGCUCCAUAGUACAACUCAGUAUGUAUGCCAGCAUCUUUCUCCUCACCUACAUGAGCUUUGACCGCUACUUUGCCAUCGUGCGGCGAGUACCCAGCAGCCAGCGGUACUCACAGAAGACCAUGCUGGUCUCGCUGGGGUCCAUCUGGCUUUUGUCCUUCCUCCUGACUACACCCACAGCACUCUUCUGCACCACAGAGACUACGCCUGAGAACCAUACAUACUGUAACAUGAACUUUAGCCUUGUGGUGUCAGCACCAGAGAAGGAGAUUGGCUGGAAUGUUGGACUCAACAUCUUACGCACAGUGGUGGGAUUCCUGGUACCUUGUCUAUCCAUGAGUAUCUGCUACUGUUUCAUCGGCCGAGCCUUAAAUCACCACUUCAGUGCUGUGCACCAGGAGGAGCAGCGGCGUCGGCGGCUGCUGAAGACCAUCAGCAUACUGGUGGUGGUCUUCUCCCUCUGCUGGGCACCUUUCCAUGUGGCAACCACAAUUUACUCCCUAAUCCGUCUGCACCUGAUGUCCACCAAAACCAACAUCCUGGUUCAGCUGGCCUUCCCCUAUACCAUCUGCCUGGCUUUUGCCAACAGCUGCCUCAAUCCCUUCCUCUAUGCCUUCUUUGACCUGCAAUUCCGCACCCACUGCCUGCAACUUCUCCACCUGAGGAAGGGUACUACAGAUCCUGCAAAGAUUCACAGCUCCCAGACCCAGAGCUCUGAACAAUGUACUGUGGCUACCACAGUGUGAAGUGACAGGGACAAACCGAUGUGAAACACAUAAGUGGUCAAUGUGAACUGCUACUGUCCUCUAAGAGACUGAUCUUAUUUCCACUGGAACCACAUCUCUCUCCGAAAGGAAGAACCAAGUGACUAUAGUAUUAGGGGGUUAUGAAAUACUUGCCCAGGUGAAUCACAGUAGUAAAUGCAAGUGUUAUUGUAACCUUUAAUUCCAACUGAAAUUGGAUUUGAAUUGUAAGUAGAGUGCAAUUUACAAUUGAUGGAAACGUAAAGUUUAACUCAUACGUAAAGUCAUUGGUGGAAGAAAGUAGUUCUAUUCAUAAACAUGAAUUUACCUUGUUUUAGGUCCGAACCUGUAAACCAAGCGUGUAGUAACCAUGGUAUAAGUGGCAUAAUACACGAAAAUCUGUGCAUUAUAUGUACGCUUUAAAAUGCACUUUGCGGAUGCAGCCACCCGCCACAGUGUUGGAUAACGCACGGGUAGGUGAAGGCUGCUUUGAGCUUGUGGUUUGGUUCACCUGGGUGAAGGAUUUGUGCUUUAUUGAAUAGAUUACCACAAAUAAACAACUGACUUAAAUAAAUGCAUCUUGUAAUGCCCUGGACAGGUUUGCUGGUAUAGUAUCCCAGACAGCACAGGGACACGAAGCUGAGCUACGCAUUACUGGAUGCUAUUAUCUCUCAGGGCACUAGGGAUGGUUAAGAUUCACUGAUUUGCAUCUGUGCAUCGGUGCACCGGCAUAAAAUUGCACGAUGUGAUUGGCUGAUUAAUGAAGUGUGCACCGGAUACAAUUCCGGAUGAACUUGGGAUUAUAGGCAGACUUUGAUGAAAAAAAAACGCUUUUUGCUUACGUUACAUGUUAACGCACGUAUCCACACGCAACAUAUUAUUUUGUAUAUACCUUUAGGCAGUACUUCAUUUGUGCCGGAGUUUGCUGGAACUUGCCCUGGGACCACUAGCUCAGAGCAAUCUGCGCUCCGCUACUACAAAUGCUGCACCCAGUGUAAUUUAACUUAAAAUUAAUAUUAAA